AUGGCAGAAGCAGACCAGCAGCAACAGUCACUACGAGCUCCGCCCAUCAGCGUGCAGCCGCCGUCACCAUUCUUGCAGUUUUCCGGCAACCCUCCAGUCGAGUGGUCUCGAUGGUAUCAUGCAUUUGAAACAUAUUUGCUCGCUGCAGGUCUUGAUGCUUUGCCUGAUCGUCGAAAGAAGGCUCUUUUGGAGCAAUGCUUAGGUACAGAGGGUCAGCGAGUGUUAGCCACCCUGGACGUCCCACAACAGCAACCAGCAAACGACGAGCAACAGCCUACUGAAGCACAACAGUAUCAGCGCAUUGUGAGCGAACUCACAGCACACUUCGGCACACAGGCAACCGUGAUCACUGAGCGACAUCGAUUCCGUCAGCGUUCACAGGCGGCAGGGGAAACCAUUAAGCAAUACGUCUCCGCCCUUCGCCAGUUAGCAGCGAGGUGUCAAUUUGGCGUUCUUCAUGAUCAAAUGAUUCACGAUCAACUUAUCGAAAAGACAGCGUCUUCGGCAAUUAGGGAACGACUUCUCCUCGAAAAGGACGAUUUGUUAUGCAUGAAAGCACUGGAAAUCGCCUGCCAAGUAGAAUCCGCAAAGCAGGAAGCCAUGCAGAUGGGCGGGACCUCAUCCGCAUCUGCACAACCUACAACAAGUGACAUACAGAGAGUAGCACAAAAACCAAAGCAACAAAAACAGACGCCUCGAUUACCGCGAUAUGGUCGAUCUGCAUCACAAUCUUCAACUCAACUGGCCGAAUCAUCUCCGUACUGCGGGAAUUGCAGUAUGUCAGGCCACAAAUUGGGGAGUUCAUCUUGUCCUGCUAAAGGAAAAGAAUGCUUUCGAUGCCACAAGUUGAACCAUUUUGGCCGAUGCUGUCGAUCUUCCAAGAAUUUUUCCGGGUCAUCCAAAGUCAGAUCCAUUAUUAACAUACCCACCUGUCAACAAACAGGUUUCAAACUGUGUUCCUUUGUUGUGGCUGGUCAUAACCUCAGUUUUAUUGUUGACCUUGGAGCCAAAGUGUCAAUCAUUAAUCAAGAAACCUGGCGUCGAUUGUUUCCCAACUAUAAGUUGCAAACCACUUCAACUCAGCUUACCGGAUAUGAUGGAAAACCAAUCAAGGCAUUGGGUACGGUUUCAUUGUCUGUACAGCAUGAAGAUCAGCCAGCCAGUCAAUUUCAGUUUUUUGCGACAACGAACGGAUCCAAUUUGAUGGGCGUCAAUCUUUUCGAUCACUUGGGAUUCUCGAUUGCUACACAACACCAAGUUCCAGUGUUAGCCUUGGGUGUAGCUGAAAACACCAGACGUUGGCCAUCUCUUUUUCUUGAUCGUGAACUUCGAGUGCUAGAUGGCUACGCUCUCGAGCCGCAAGGAAGCAUUGAACUCAUCGACUCAUCUCCGUGGAUAUCUAAUCUGGUUGUUGUCAGAAAGAAGACUGGAAGUAUCCGCCUUUGUGUGGAUCUCAGGGAGGUCAACAAGGCAGUCAUUCCUAACAAGUAUCCAUUGCCUACAGUUGAUGAACUAGCUAGCCAGUUUCACAGCAGCAAGGCGUUCAGCAAAUUGGACUUAUCUCAAGGUUAUUUGCAAAUACCACUGACAGAGAAAGGAAGAAAUGUUACUGCGUUCGUCAGUCAUGAUGGCGUUUUUCGGUUCAAACGAAUGCCUUUCGGACUCUCUUCUGCUCCCAGUGCAUUUCAGAAGAUAAUGGUGUCAACUGUUGCUGGCCUCAAAGGUGUCUCUGUCUACAUGGAUGACAUCGUUGUUCAUGGGGCUACCCAAGAAGAACAUGAUAGACGAUUGCCUGCAGUCUUGGAUUGCCUGCAAAAACACAACGUGACUCUUAAUAACACAAAGUGUGUAUUUGGAAGCAUCGAAGUUCAAUUCCUGGGGUUUCGGGUUUCUUGUAAUGGCAUUCAGCCCAUUCAGUCCAAGGUAGAUUCAAUUUCUACCAUUCCAGCUCCAACAAAAGUCAAACAACUGAUGUCUUUUCUUGGGAUGGCGAACUAUUACCUCAAAUUCAUACCCCAGUACGCAACUAUAACGGCACCAAUGAGAAACCUACUAAAGAAAGAUUCUAUUUGGAACUGGACAGAACAAUGCCAAGCAACAUUUGAAAAAGUAAAGGCAUCACUCACUACUCCUAUGUUGUCGAAUUUUUCAUCUUUGGCAUCGACGAAGUUGAUGGAGAAGCCAAUUGGUUAUGCUUCACGAGCACUGACCGAUGCCGAAAAGAAGUACUCAGUGGGCGAACGUGAAGCACUUGCUUGCAUUUGGGCAUGUGAACAUUGGCAUGUUUACCUGUAUGGUCGUCAGUUCACACUCAGAACUGAUCACCAGGCUCUCACAACUCUUCUGUCCUCAUACGGAACUGGACGACGUCCACUUCGCUUACACAGAUGGUCUGGAAUCCAGAAUCAGGUAGCGAAUUGUUUGUCGAGGACACCCAAAAUAUUGUCUGGUCCAGCCUCCACAUCACAGGAGCCAGUGCAGCUACUGACAACACCUUUCGAUAGCAUCAUCACCUUGGAUGAACUUCGUCUUGCAUCAGGAAAUGAUGAUCUGUUCUGUCAAGUUUGCAGAUUUACCAUCAACGGUUGGCUACGUACAAUCGAGGAUAGUCUGUUAUGGCCGUUUUCUCAGAUCAGAGACGAGCUCUCAUUCUGGAAUAACAGCUGCUUAGCCAGAGGAGAACGUGCGGUCGUACCUGCAUCUCUGCAGCAGAAGAUCUUAUCUAUGGCUCACGAAGGCCAUUCAGGCAUGGUCAAAACCAAGCAGAAGUGUCGUACCUCAGUGUGGUGGCCGGGCAUCGAUAAGCAGAGCGAAGACCAUGUUCGAAGCUGUGAAGCUUGCAUUCAGAGUGGAAAGUCCAUCAAACCCACGAAAUUACCUCUGAACCGAGUGAAGUUGCCAAAGCAACCAUGGCAGAAGCUACAGAUUGAUAUAGUUGACGAGAUUCAUGGUGCUCCCUCCACUCACAAGUACAUCAUUGUUGUCCAUGAUCUGCAUUCUAAGUGGGCUGAAAUACAUUUAUGCAGUCAUGUGGGGUCUCCUGGAGGUUAUAAUUUCGGACAAUGGUCAUACGAAUUUACAUCUUUUCUGGCCAACAAAGGAAUCAAGCAUUCCACAACAGCAUUCUAUCAUCCGCAAUCUAAUGGAGGAGUUGAGCGAUUCAACCAAACGCUAAAGCAGGGCUCUCCAAGAAACCCUCUGAAUUAUCGAUCUUCACGUCAUUGUAGAACGGGUUACGCUCCUUCUCAGCUUAUGAUUCGACGGCAGUUUCGACUACCUCUUAGCAUCUUACAACCUCCAUUCCAAGUCGUCACUUCAGAUGUGCCCAGCACCGACCAGCUAGCCCAGGACAUCAAAAGCCAACAAACAAAGAUGAAUCCAUACUUCGAUCACAAGCACCCAGUGCAAAUUCCAAAGUUUCAACAGGGUCAGCUUGACACACUCAAGUCUAGUAUUAACCAGAGAGUUACUGUGGAUAAGCACAUCAGAUUUGCUCUUACAGGUGCAGGCAGCAGUGCUGAAUCAUGUGGAUAUCUAGAGGUUAGAGCUGUUGCAGCUCAGCAAGACAGGAAGAAUGAGGAACUGUUGUAUGAUAGUAUGGAUGGUGAAUCGGCACUUUGA